CAUUUUUGUCGAAUCGUCGUUGAGUAUUGGUGGACGUGUCGCGUGUACGCGUUGUUUGCGUGAAAUUAGUAAAGCAAAGUUUGGUAUCUAUUAUUAAAAAUAUAGUGUAAAGCAAAAAAACCAAAGUAUACCUAGCUACGUACACUUUAAUUUACACAAAUAUACUCAAAAUAUAUGUACGAAUAUUAAAACAAAAGUUUCGUAACCUAGACGUACUCGUACAUACACGGUUGUCGGUCGGUCGCAAAGUCAUAGUUGAUAAAAUUUUCACAAUAUCGAAAACCACAAGUUACGUUAUGGUUAAUAGUGAAACAGUUGAAAAGUAUGUAAAUUUAGAAAUAUGAAUACCUAAAAAGUCGUAUACCGACCAAAAUUAUAGUUAUUUGACAAGUUGAAUAUCUGAGAAAAUAAAAAAUCAAGUAAAUGGUGAACAAAUGUAGCUGUGAGAGAUAUUGGAAAGGCGGAUACGGCUAAGAGUGUAGAAUGUAGUUAAAAAAAUAAGUAAAAACAACGAACAAAGUGAUUGUGAAGCUUCAAUUGCAAAUGUUUGGAUUGCAUUUUCAGCUCCUGGUUUGAGAAAGUGCAGCAAAGGUACAACACAACACCAGAGCAGUCAUUACUGCGCACAGAGUGACUAUGCUUGUUCUUCAACUUUGGUUUCAAAUUUAGUGUUAAACAAACAAAAAUAAAUCGAUUUGUAAAUAUUAUAAUAUAUUCAGUAAAUUAGUAAUUUAAACGAAAAAAAAAAUAUCUUAAAUACACUAGUAACCCUUAAAGUACACAGAUUAAAACGACACUAAUACGAUUUGAAAAAUCUUACCCUUAAGUUUUAAUCCAACAAAAUAAAACAAGAAAAAAAAAAAAAAAAACAUACGAUGUAAACAAAAUGGAAAAAAGUAUUAAUAUCAACGUCAGCAGCGUUAAAAUUGCCAACAGAUAAAUUUCAAAUAAAAACCAAACUCAAACUGAGUCGAGAAUAUAUCGAGAAACAUACAUACAUACAUAUGUACAUUUGCAAACAAAAUAACGGAGCAAAGAUAUAAAAUCAAAAGGAAAUGCCGGCAGCAUAAAAAGUAAAUAAAUAAACAUAAAUAAUACGAAUGACGAGUGAAAUUGUUGCUGCAGCGGCGUUACCAAUCGACGUACACACACCGACAGCUGACAGCAAAACAAGUCUGAGUGGAAAGACAACAAUAACAACACCACCAUCAACUGCACUUUUGGCAGUGAGACCCAAGCGUGCAAAUCGCUGUGGAGGACGUUUAACGAAAUUGAAUUCGACAACGGCAACAACAACAAAUUGUUAUAAUUCGUACGAACGCGAUACGGCGCAUCGACCAACACUUUCAACGGCAAUAACAGCGACCGACGAGUAGACGUGGCGAUUUCAUUGUAUUGCAUUUAGAUUGCAAAGAAUUUUUGCAUUACAUCGGUUAGCGAAUACAAAUGAAAACGUCGUUUGUGAACGCGUCCGAUUUCGACUACUCCAGUCGCCCCGUGUACGAGGGCGAACAACGGCGCGUACUUCAAUACGAGCAGGAACUGCACCAGCAACAGCAACAGCUGCGGCAGGAGCAAGUGCAAGUAGAGCAAGACGAGGCCCUGCAUCAGCAGCAAGAACAAGAACAUACUCAGCAUCAACACAACCACCAGUCGCCAUAUUUGCAUCAUAAUCAUCAACAACGGUCUCGUCAGCAGCAGAGACAUCAGGACGACAAUCAGUCGCAAUCGCAACAGAGAUCGCACCACUGGCAACAACAACAAGCAAGGUCUGCCGCUACCGCAUCAACAAUUGUUUAUCCAUCCUCGUCGCAUAUAAAACACUCGCCGAGUAGUUUUAUUGACGCUGAUAAAAAACAACCACAACAACAACAGUAUUCUAAUCGACGUGAGAGUACAGUCAUUACUGAAGCUAAAGUAGAGAGUAGAGACAACGCGAGCGGUACUCAUAAUUUAACACAGAGUGUAAUUUAUAUCGACGACAGUAAUUGCGAUCAGCCUCAGGAUCAGAGACAGCCACUAAAAGAGAGCAACGACGAUAAUAGUAUCAACAAUAGCAACGUAAGCAACAGCAAAUUUGUGAAUAAUAAAAACGGGGCAAGUGUACCCAAUACUACGACAAAAAAGCAGCAAGCGUCAACAAUACGUUAUCCCGGAGCAGCCGAGCCCAGCAAAUAUCAACAGCACCAACGGCAGCAGUUGCAGCAACAAAAAUCGUCGAGUAAACGCAAACGCGAAACAGGUAAAUAUUGAUGUUGAAACAGUUCCUUGUUAUACACUGUACGCACAUACAUACGCAUGAAUGUUGGUAAGUUCGAGAUAUGUAAAUAAUAGUAAAUGCCCUGCAAAAAAUAUGGUUAGUCCGGGGUGACUCAAGGAAUCAGUCGCCAAGCGUCAUGCGAUUGAUGCGAAGUGAUCCUUUUAUAUGGAAUGAAAUGUCCACUUUAGUGCGAUAGUAGGAUUAAGUAGUUUUCUGAACUUCUUAAGCUCAAUUUCUUUAAUUUUUUCUGUUGGAAGUGGGGAAUUCCAUGCAAUCCUAAAGAUUUUGCGGGACUUCGAUUAAUAUUUAUGACCAUUUAGCGAUUUGAAAGUCCCUCUGACUGGUGCGCUUUGUUAAAGUCGCUUAAUUGGUUAUCGCGCCAAUCAGGAUGAAGAAGAAGAAGAAGUAGUUUAGUUGCGCAUAUUGGCUGUGUUCGUAAAUGCGACAUGACUUGCAGCAUAAGCAUCAAUGGCAACACUGCAAGUUUGACAUUUGAUACUUCUUAUACAAUUUUUGACAAUUUGCAAAUACGUUUGUUUGCAUUUUUGAACGCGUAUAAUACUAAAAUGGAAAUUUUGCUGAAUCUAACACUAGACGAAAUUUGUGAGCAAAGAAAAGAUAGAUUUUCUUUAAAUUUAAGAAAAAGAAGGCUAUUGAAGUCAAAGAGAAAAAUGUUUAGGGACAAAUGUUUGUCUUUAAAAAGAAAAAUACCUAAAAACAAAUCGUUUAUUAAAACAAUAAAGUCGUUUCCCGAGGACAUUUUCUAUUCCCAUUUCCGAAUGAAUUGGGCCACUUUUAAAGUAAGGUUUUAUAAGUUUGAUGAAAAUUAAUAAUUUAUAGUUUCACUUUAAUAGUUUGCUGCUGGAGGAGUCAUUGAGUGCCUUGUACCAUAAAAUUCGUCGAAGUCCUCAAAAUACCUCCAGGAUGUAGCUUCUCUACCGGAAGAAUUAUUUCUUUUCUUAAUGCGCUUGUACGUUACCAAGAGAUUUAAGCAUUUUCUCUGCGCUGUGGUGCUGUCCAGUCUUAUAUUGGGAUUUACAUUUUUAACUUCGGUCACAACUUUCUUCCACAAUACAUUUUUUUUCCUUCUACCCGAUUUAAACUCGUCCUCCAUAUUCAACCGUACUCUCAGCAAUAACUGUGUCUCCGCAUUACUGAGAUUUUCUCUAAAAAUUUAAAAAUAAUAAUUUAUACAAUUAUUAUUAACAUAAUUUAACUAAAUUUCAAUACAAAAAUUAAAAUAAAACAGUUUUGCUUGCUUUUCAUCAGACAUCGUAGUUAAAUGCAGUAAACAAUUUUUUGAUAGAAAUUAUGAGUGACAACUGAUAGAAUUGUUGUCUUUUUGAACGCUUGAUUAUUGCAGUGCUGCCAUAUUGGCAUUUCUGAACGUUCUGUUUGUUAUGCAAUUGUAGUUUGCGCGUCAUGUUGCAUUUACGAACACAGCCAUUAUUGUAUUAUUAUUUUACGUUAUAUUCAGCACACACACUUUUAUAUGAUUUCAUUCUUGAUAGCAAAAUUUUUUGCUAAUAAUAAAUGACUAAGAAUUUCAGCAUCUUAGAAAAUAUCAAAUUUUGAAAUUUUUUAAUUCUCCGACAUUUAUUGCCUUUCUCCUUUCAAUGCUUCUCCUGCUUCGUCCGUUGCGCUUUCGACGGUAUUGCACACAGAAAUUUUUGUCUCAAAAUUAUCAUUUUAACAGCUAAAAUUUAGAAGCAUCUAUCAGCUGUGGACGUUGCAGUGUGUUCGAAAUAUGCAACAAAACCGAAAACAUGCACAAAUUAAAAUUUUGCAUUUCCGCAUAGUUUUCAUGCCAUAUUUGUUGUACUAUUUUAAUAUAUAUGUAUGUUGUUGUUGUUAUUGUUGUAGAUGUUUGCUGUAUUUAUGUGUUCGGCUAAUUCCAGUGCAUUAUAGAGCUGUCGCAGUAGAAAAGAAAUAAAGUCCAAUUAUAAUAGAUACUUUUCUUCUGAGCUAAGUGCUCAUAAAACAAAACAGAGCAAAGCAAAGCAAAAAUGUGUGCGCCAAAGGCGGCGCUUCUUUUAGUUUUUAUUUUCCCAGUUGCGCUUACUGGCUGGCACUACUUCUGUAUUUUCUUGGGGCUCUCUUGUGCUUGCCGCCAAAGCAAAUUUGCUGUAUGUGUUGUUGCAAGCACUAAGCGUUUUCGCGCGAUGCUAUUUUCAUCAUAGUGCGAUCUUGGCCAGACUGUCACGUUUUUUUCUUGUAUUCCUAUGAAAGUUGAAUUUCACAUGUCUAGGAAAGCUUCAUAUUUUUUUGGUGUGAAAUGUGUCCGACUUAAUGUUGUUUUGUACGUUGUAUUGUGCCAACUUCGUGACAACGUCAAAGUGCUGGCGUCUACGUUUCAACCCAAUUUCUCAGCGACUGUAGUUGAAAAAAGGCCUAGCUUUUUUAAUGAAUUUUAUAAUAUUCUCGGAAAGAAUACAGGUGCUUUAACCUCGAUUAUAUUUUCUUGAAAUCAAAUUAAACUUAAAUUUUAAAUUUGAUUUCGCUAUUCGUUAGAUCGUUUAUUGGCAUGUGUGCCAAAGGUUAUCAUACUUACAUACUUACAUAAAUACAUUAUGAUAAUACCCAGUUCUCAUUUAAGUACAAAUAAAAACAAAAUAUUUACAGUCCGGUUCACUUGAAACUUCCUGGUGAUUGGCGCGAUAACCGCUUACGCGAUUUUGGCCGAGUUUAGCAAAGUCGCCAAUGGUUUUUGUCUCGUGCUAACCGGCGCCAGUUGAAAAUACCAAGUGAAGCCAAGCCCUGCUCUAACUGAUCUAUCCAAUGCAGAGAAGGCCUUUUCUUCCUUGUUAUCUUUCAAAGCUUUUUAGGAAUCAACAUAAGUUCACUAUCAAUUUGACGAAUACUAUUUUUGCUUAUGUAUGUGAGCUACAAAUUUAUGCCGCCUGCGUACGAAAAUUUUUUGAAUUUAUUAUGAAUUUUUUCACGGCAGAAAUACACCCGGUAGUUUGUUAAUACCUAGCGAGGAGUGACCGCUAUGAAAAAACCUUUCUAUCAAUUGAUGUUUCAUGCCCGACACCGUUAAAUAGCUGGGCAUAACCUUAGAUACUAAACUCAAAUAGAACGAACAUGAUAUGUCCACAUAUGUUAAAGUACUGCUAUAGAAACCAAUAUGAGCGUAUAGAAUCCAACUAUGGGGUUGCCCAAGAACCAGCAAUACUUUGCAAAUACAACGGUUUCAAAACAACGUGGUUAUUCUUGUUGUUGUAGCAGCAUAAGUCUUGGGAUAACUGCUGGAGUGACAGUCCUUGGCCGGAUAUAAAUCCGGGUCGCUCCGGCAGCGUAGAACCGACUAUCGUAGGAACGUUCAAAACAAAGUCUUGAGAUGUGAUGUUAACGCCCCUUGGUAUGUACGCAGUAGCGAUCUCGAACGUGAUAUUGGUAUUGAGCCAAUUGCUGCGUUAAUCCAAAAAUAUGCCAUAUCGCACAUGAAGAGGCUCUCUCUCUCUCACCAUGUUAAUAGCUCUCACCGACCGGAAUGAGUGGAAAGAAAGACUGAAGCAUAAAGAGCCGCAUCAACUCUCGCAGCAGCCAACUUCUCUGCAAGGAGUGGGCAGAGCAUCAUGACUCAUUUGUAUAACGCAAAACCCAAAACAAAUUGUUCGUUAGUUGCUUAUAUUAACUAGUUACAAUGAAAAAAAAAAAUAAUAAGAAAAAAAUUUCAAUUAAAAAAUAUAUGUAUAGA